GAACCAGGAGUGAUAAAGAAAAGACCAUUUUGUAAAAAAAAAGUUUGAACUGUACAUAUUAUGACAAAAAAAAAAAAAAGAUCUCCUUUUUAAAAUAAAAAUAAUGGGGGAGAGAAACAAUUUUUUUUUUUUUUUUAGAAGAAAAAAAAAAAUAUUGAUUUUGCUAAUAAUUUGGGAAUUGGGUGUGUGAAAAAAAAAUGGGGGGGAUUAUGAGAGAAAAUGAAAAAGAAAGAUUUAUGCCUUGGUAGCCUUCUUCUUGGGGGCAGCAGCAGCCUUCUUAGCAGGAGCGGCCUUCUUGGCGACGGCAGCCUUCUUAGUAGCAGCAGCCUUCUUAGCAGGAGCCUUAACACCGGCCUUUUCAGUAGUGGUCUUCUUCUUGCUGGCAGCCUUCUUAGCAGGAGUGGCCUUCUUGGCAGCGGCAGCCUUCUUGGGAGCAGCAGCCUUCUUGGCGGGGGUAGCAGCAGUGGCAGCAGCAGCCUUCUUGGGAGCAGCAGCCUUCUUAGCAGCAGGUGCCUUCUUGGUAGCAGCAGCCUUCUUAGCGGGAGUAGCAGUAGUGGUAGCAGCGGCCUUCUUGGUAGCAGCAGCCUUCUUAGCAGCAGGUGCCUUCUUUGCAACAACCUUCUUGGCAGCAGUCUUCUUGGCAACGGGCUUCUUAGUUUCAGCCUUAGGUUCCUUGUUUAACUUGACGGUACCAGAAAGACCUUUUUAUUUAAGGUUAAUAUAAACAAAUAAACAAAAAUAAAACACCCCAUA